AUGCAGUGGAGUUUUGGAGUUGAGUCAUGGAGUGAUGAUGAUGAUGAUGAUGAUAAAAAAGCUCAUUACAGUUCAAUAUUGCCCAUAACAGAACUUACUGAUUGCUGCAAGCCCAUUGCAGAACUUGCUGAUUGCUUCAAGCCCAUUGCAGAACUUGCUGAUUGCUGCAAGCCAAUUGCAGAACUUGCUGAUUGCUUCAAGCCCAUUGCAGAACUUGCUGAUGGCAGCAAGCCCAUUACAGAACUUGCUGAUUGCUGCAAGUCCCUUGAAGAACUUGCUGAUUGCUGCAAGCUCAUUGCACAAUCUACUGAUUGGUGCAAGCCAAUUGCAAAACCUAAGGAUUGCUGCAAGUCCCUUGCAGAACUUACUGAUUGCUGCAAGCCCAUUGCAGAACUUGCUGAUUGCUGCAAGCCCAUUGCAGAACUUGCUGAUUACUGCAAGCCCAUUGCAGAAUCUACAGAUUGCUACAAGCCCAUUGCAAAACCUAAGGAUUGCUGCAAGUCCCUUGCAGAACUUACUGAUUGCUGCAAGCCUUUUGCAGAACUUGCUGAUUGCUGCAAGCCCACUGCAGAACUUGCUGAUUGCUGCAAGCCCAUUGCAGAAUUUGCUGAUUGCUUCAAGCCCAUUGCAGAAUCUACAGAUUGCUACAAGCCCAUUGCAAUACCUAAGGAUUGCUGCAAGUCCUUUGCAGAAUCUACUGAUUGGUGCAAGCCAAUUGCAAAACCUACUGAUAGAUAA